AUGUCAAUGAGUGAUCAGAGCAAGACAGAAAAUCGGAUAUUUGUAACAGGAUAUUCAACAAAAGAUAAAAAUGAGGAAGAUAUCAAGACUCUUUUUUCCAAAUAUGGAGAAAUUAGUGAAUUUUCAUGGAAGGGUCGUUUUUGUUUCAUUGCUUAUUCAAAAGCUGAAGAAGCUACAGAAGCAGUGAAUGAAAUGAAUUAAAAAGAUUUAGAUGGAAAUACUUUUGUCGUUGAGAUAGCUCGAGCCAAAAAAAAAGACGGUGAAUGCUAUCAAUGCGGCAGAAUAGGCCAUUUUGCUCGUAAUUGUAGAUAAAAAAGAAGAUCUUCAAGUUCAAGUUCAAGACGCCACAAAAGAAAGAGUAGGAAGUAUAAAAAGAGAAGUCCCUCCAGUUCUUCAAGUUCGUCUUCUUCCUCAUCUUCAAGGGAUAGGAAGAAGAAAUAAAAAACUAAAAAAAGAAAAUAAUCCUCCUCAUCAAGUGAUUGAUUUUAAAAGAAUUUGGAUAUAUAUCAAUGAUUUAAAAUUAUCGUGU